CCAUAUUAAUCUAGUGUCGGCCUUUCAUCCGGUACACGCGGUCUUCGAUUCGUGGUAAGGCACGUCGAAGCCAAAAAAACUGGAAAAUUCAUUACAUACGGAUAUUUUCCGUGCUUCCAAGCAGUUUACAUGUUAAAGCUGUGAUCCCACGAAAACGCGAAAAUGGCUAGAUACGGGCAGAGGCCCGAAAAUGCCCUGAAAAGGGCCUACGAAUUCAUCGAAGUGGGGAAACCAGCCAGAGCUUUGGACACCUUGCAGGAGGUCUUCCGCAACAAAAAAUGGACAUACAGCUGGUCCGAAUCGGUUCUCGAACCAAUAAUGUUCAAAUAUCUGGAUCUCUGUGUGGAAUUGAAGAAAUCGCACAUUGCCAAGGAAGGUCUUUUCCAGUACAGGAAUAUGUUUCAAACUGUGAAUGUUGGAAGCUUAGAAAAUGUUAUACGUGGAUAUUUGCGUAUGGCAGAGCAGAAGACAGAAGCAGCACGCAAGCAAAGUCAGCAAGCUGUUGUAGAUAUAGAUGAUCUCGACAAUCUUGCUACACCGGAAAGUAUUUUAUUGUCAGCUGUCAGUGGAGAAGAUGCUCAAGAUAGAAGUGAUCGCACGAUAUUAACGCCGUGGGUUAAAUUCCUAUGGGAAUCAUAUUGCCAGUGUUUGGAGUUACUUAGAACUAAUGCUCACGUGGAAAAUCUAUAUCAUGACAUUGCGCGGAUGGCCUUCCAAUUCUGUCUCGAGUACAACAGGAAAACUGAGUUCCGUAAAUUGUGUGAGAAGCUUCGCAAACAUUUAGAAGAGAUAUGCAAGCUUCCUCAAGGUACCUCAAAUGUUUCCAUUAACAAAGCUGAAUCUCAACAUUUGAAUCUGGAGACGCGUCUGAUUCAGCUGGACUCAGCGAUUCAAAUGGAAUUAUGGCAGGAGGCAUAUAAAGCUAUAGAGGACAUCCACGGCCUGAUGAACCUUUCGAAGAAGCCGCCAGUGCCAAAAACUAUGGCAAACUACUAUCAGAAGUUGGCUAUGGUCUUCUGGAAGGCUGGCAACUAUCUUUUCCACGCUGCAGCACUAUUCAAGCUUCUACAACUGUCACGCGAGAUGAAGAAGAACAUGUCUCCGGAAGAGCAACAGAGAAUGGCUAAUCGAGUACUGCUGGCAACGCUGUCGAUCCCUCUACCAUCUGCACAUCCUGAGUUCGAUCGCUUCAUAGAAACCGAUAAGAGUCCCCUGGAAAAGGCCCAGCGACUGGCAGUUUUAUUGGGUCUUAGUCAACCACCAACAAGAGUCUCAUUGCUGAGAGACAUCGUGCGUAUGAACGUGGUUCAUCUGGCUUCACCACAGCUGCAGGAGCUCUACUCCUGGUUGGAAGUCGAAUUCCAUCCUCUACGACUCUGUGACAGAGUCCAUUCUGUCAUUCAGACCUUGCAGGUCGACGAGAACAGUCCCCUAGCGCAGUACGUUACUGCUCUCCAGGACGUCACCCUGGUACGACUUGUCCAUCAAGUUUCUCAGGUCUAUCAGACCAUCCAGUUUGCUCGACUGCUGCAGCUGGCUAAAUUCACAACAGACUUUCAUCUGGAGCGUCUCCUGGUCGACUGCGUGCGCUACAACGAUAUGCAGAUCAGGAUUGAUCAUGGAAAACGAUGCAUACACUUUGGAGUUGAUCUCUCUGAAGCUCAGCGCGAGGAUCAUCCGGACGGACCAGUACUCCAGGCUAUGCCAUCCGAACAAAUCCGCUGCCAGCUGGUGAAUAUGGCGACUGUUUUACACCGAGCAAUCAAUGUAAUCAAUCCGAACAAGAAAAAACAGGAGCGUGAGAAGCUCCGCGCUAGUAUGGUGAACCACUACCAUGAGACCAAGGUAAAGGAGCACCAGAGGAUCCUGGGUCGACAGAAGAUAAUCGAGCAGAGGAAAGAGUACAUCGAGCACAUCAACACGGUGCGCGAGGAAGAGGAAAUGCGUCGCCAGGAAGAGCUUCUCAGACAGCAGAUGCUAGCCGAACAGAAGAGACUCGACUUGGAGCGCGAGGAACGUGAACGUAAACGUCAGCAGAGCGAAAUUCAGCAAAUCAAGGAUCGCCAUCUCAAGGAGAAGAUGCAGCAAAUCUCCCAGACCAGCCACGGUCAGAAGGUUCUGAAGAAGCUGGACGAAGAUGAGAUAAAGAAGCUGGACGCGGAGCAGAUAGCAGCUAGGGAAGCCGAGGAGCUUCAGAAGGAGCGUCGCGAGAUGCAGCAGAAACUAAAGUCUCAAGAGAAGAAGGUGGACUACCUGGAGCGUGCGAAGCGCAUCGAAGAAAUUCCACUCCUGGAGAAGGCUGUCGAGGUGAAGAUCGAGUUGGCGAAGCAACGUUGGGAGCAGCAGGAGGCUGAGCGUAUCCAAGUGGCCAUUGAGGAACGUCGAGAAGCAGAAGCCACCCGGGAGCGCAUGGCAAGAAUGAAGGAGGACCACGAUAUAUUCCUGGCGAAGAUCCUGGCAGAGCGUAAGAACGUUUACCUGGAGAAUCUGCAAGAGUUCGAGAAGAUGAUAAACGAGGAGCGCGCAAAGAAGCUGCUCGAGAGGAAGAUUCAGCGCAAGGCUGAACGCAAGAUGAGGUGGGAGCUGGAACGCGCAGAGUCUGCGGAGAGGAAACGCCUCGAAGAAUUACGCAUUCGUCAGGAGGAGGAACGGAAACGUCUCGAGGAAGAAAGACUUAAACGCGAGGAAGAGGAACGAAUCCGUCGUGCAGAGGAAGAAGCUCGUGAAGCAGAACGUCUUGCUAAAUUGGAGAAGCAGGCGGAGAUCAUCCGCGCCCGGGAAGCUGAAAUAGAACGUAAACUCGAAGAGGAGAGACAAAAGGAUCAAGUAUCCGACAGUUGGCGCCGUGGAGGCGAACGUGAACGCGAUAGAGAUCGUGAUCGCGACCGUGAUCGUGAUCGUGAUCGCGACCGUGAUCGUGAUCGUGAACGUCCAGAACGUCCACGAUUUGGGCGUGAUGCACCACCUAGAAACGCCCCCGAAAUGUCCUGGAGAAGCAGCGGAACCGGUGGAGAAUCCAAGGAGGAGACCUCCAAGGAAGAACCCGACAAAUGGAAAAGACGCGAAGAAGGGGGUAGCGCGGACAGCCGAUGGAAGAAACGAGAACCGGAUCUAAAUAUCACCCGAAGGAAACGUGAAGGGGAUGUCCGUGAACGCGAUUCGUCGCCUUCUCGUCGUGACAAAUACGAACCGCCUAGUCGCACAUUCGAAAAACGUGGGGAUGACCGAGGACCUUCGAGAUCCUGGAGGGAUACACCCGCCCCACCCCGAUCAGAGCCACUUUCACGUGGACGCGAUAUUCGUGACAGCCGUGAUGUUCGCGAAGGACGUGAUGGACGCGACGUUGCUCGUGAUGGACGGGAUGCAUGGGAUGCACGGGAUGGACGUGAUGCACGGGAUGCUCGGGAUGGACCUCUGAGUCGUCCAUUCCCACCACGCGGAGGAGACGAUCCUGCUAGGUCUGGAACCAGUGACUCCUGGCGCUCCCGUGAGCCACUUAAACGUGAGGACCGCGACCGUGAGCGCAGGGAGGAGAGGCCUCCUCCCAAACGCGAGGAGCGUAAGGAUACGCGACCCCCAGAGGAUGAUGGCUGGUCGAAAGUAUCACGUCGUUAAGGACGAAGACGCGCAACGAUCGAUCAUAUAAAUCAGGUCGCAAACGAUGGACACGCAUCGCGACGUCAAAAAAACUUCUCUUACACACUGAAGAGUCAAGGAUACUACUAAGACAUCUUCUUCUGGAACCUGCCGAUCCCGUCGACAGUUAAUUUCUACUAUUUCAAGUUUUUUUUUUUAAUCGAAAAGGGUUUAUCAGUCCUUUACACUAUAGAGUUAAGGAAUGAGUGAGGAAAGUAUAAAGAAAAAAAAAAACAAGGGAGUUUGGAUAAAAAUAUAGGAAUUGAAUUAUUUAUUUCCAGUUCGCCCUAUUACGAAUUACAAGCUCCUCCGUUAUUGUUAAUUAUAAUCCCAAGGAGGUGCUUACAAGUUUCGGAAUUGACCAUCGUAAUCCUUUAAAAGUUCCUUGCUCUAGUAAUUAAACAUUUUCCAAUAUCGAUAAUCUAAUUGUACCGAUAUGCAUAACGUCGCGAUAAUUACAAAUUUCAUUAAUUAACAUCCGCAGGUCCGGAAAGGAUUAACCGACAUCCUUACAGUACGCGCAUCCUUAAUCCAGACAAUUUUCUUUUAAUGGGCAAGUCGAGGUGCGCGUUUAUAUCAAUCAGGAAUCCGGUGCGCGUUCACUGGUACACAUUUUGAAGACAACAUUGAGAAUAGAUAUGAAUAGAAAACAAGAGAUGAUUGAUAGAGAAACGAAGCGCAAUACGAAAAAUCAAAUGAAUUAAUUCCGAUCGAUCGAACAAGUAUUUUUACCGAUUUCUUAAAUACUUUUAAGUGUUUAUGUCCACGAGUCGGCGUAGACGAAUAUAUAACGCAAGUAAGUAGCCGCCAUUAUGUACGGUGACUUCCAUGUAAUAAAUAUAUAAAUACCAUGAGAAAUAUACACGUAUACCUCGA